GCCUCCACUCCCGCCGCGGCGAGAGGCACCCACGUCGUCCGAGGAGCGAGAGCGUUGCCGUUGCGUCAUGUUGGUCGUCGCGUUGAUCCUGACGGCGACUCUGGUGGCGGCCGGAGAGGAGGUCGAUGUCCUGGAUCCCUCCAGCCCCGUCGGCGAGCUGACUGUGUCCCAGUUUGAGAAGCUAAUGGCGAGGACACUGCCUCGAGCACUGAUCCCUCUGCACCACACCUGCACCGACUACAGCGAGACGGGCGACUGCGGCCUGGUGGUGGAGAACGGCCUGUGCGGCGCCGAGGAGUUCUACGCGCGCUACUGCUGCCGCUCCUGCACCCUGGCCAAGCAGAUCCCCACCUUCGGGCCUCACCUCAGCCUCGAGGCGAAAGUCCCCGUGGAAGCCAGGAUCACCACCGAGGAGCGCGAGCUUCGGUACGGCGAGAACGUGACCCUCACCUGCGAGGUCUCGGGCGAGCCGGCGCCUGACGUCCUGUGGUUCGUGUCCGACUCGAGCCACGACGUCAGCGAGGAGAGGAAGGCGACGGUUGAAGACACCGGAGGAAUCCUGAAGAAGACGAGACGAGGAACCAUCACGCUUCCGGUCACCCAGUCUGACUCUUAUUUCGGCUGCGACUGCCUGGCCAUCAGCGCUGCGGGCUGGGACAGAAGCAGUUUCCAGGUCUAUUUCGAAAGGGAUAUAGGCCUAUCGAUGCAGCUUUUACCGGGAGAGAGACUAUUCUCUCUCUCGGAUAAUAUAACUCUGGAGUGCACUGCUGAAGGAGCCAGCCUGGACGAAAUCGACUGGAAGAUGGAAGGCGAGAUCCUCGAGAGCUCAGACAAUUAUAGUAUUAUUAAGGAGAGGAGUGUGAAAGACGGAGAGACGAGGAUCCACUCCAGCCUCACUCUCCUGCGCCCAAGAGUUAUGGACACCUAUAUAAAGUGUUUCGCGACCAGCCUCACCGGAGCCGUCAAGGACGCCACGACACGCGUGCGGGUAAAGGAUGUGUACAUACACCCUAGCUGUAAGGACAUCGCUGACAGGCAGGAGUGCUACGAAGGCUAUGUCACCUGCGAAGAAGAUUACAGCAAACGUUACUGCUGCAGAACUUGCACCUUCAUGGGCACAGUGACCGCUGACUCGCAUAUUCCAAGCGACGCUGAGGCACCACUGAGAAUUAACCUCGGGACACCACCCUACGAGGACAUUCGCUACGGAGGACAAGCAAGAUUCAUCUGUGAGUCCAAUGGUUAUCCCGGGACACAGAAAGUCGUGUGGUACAAAGGGAACACAACCAUCGAAGAGUCCGACCACUUUUCCAUUGAAGAAAAAGUGUGGAAGUACCCGAUGGGCUGUCACGUGACAUCCUACCUUAUAAUCAAGAGCAUCAACAAGCGCGAUUUCGGCAAGUACACGUGCAAAGCGGCCAACAGCGUCACGGAGUCAGAAGCAAGUGUGAUGUUUCAGAUAGACCGCUAUGGAAAAUUUGGCUUUGACUUUUUGACCCAAUUUAUGAAUGAAAGCAGCACUUGAGAUUUUUUUUUUAUUCCAGUAUGUUUUACAUUGUUGCUUCUUGCGCUAAUGGACUUCAUAUUAAAAUUACAUGCUCUUUGUUUUACUUUCCUACGCAGAUUGAAAGAGUUACUUAUGAACAGGUGGAAAUAUCCAAUGAAACACAUCAGAAUAACAUCAGAAUGUGAC